AUGCCUCGAACGCGCAAAGGGUCUCGAACAGGUGCUGACGCCUCCUUCAACCUCGACAACAAAGAGAACGAGAGACCCAGCCCCAAGUCGGAGCAUCGUAAGAGUGCUGGGCCACCUACUCAAAGCAAAGCUCUGUCUGAAGACGAGGCGCGGCAGGCCGUAGCCCCCAAACCAGCCAAGAAACUCACCAAGAAACAAAUCAAAGAGGCAGAAGAAGAAGCAGAAAGAGAAAGAAUACAACACAUCCAAGCUACAAGACCUCGACUAACCACACCCGACCUCGAAUUCGACUACGAUCGAUCUCAACUUCGAGACCCCAGACCAACGCCAGGCUACGUCAGAAGACCCAGACACGAAGACCUCGACUACAAAGGCGAAGUGGGCAAGCAACAAUUUCGCGACCGCUUCUACAUCCCCGAACCAGAGAAACCAAAAGGACGAUUGAACGCCUACCAGAAAGAUGAGCUCUAUGGUCAGAAAGCGCUCUUAGAUCCCAUGAUGAUCUUCCACGAUCUCCAUGUCUGCUACGAAAAAGGCCCGAACGGUUCACGUACCUACGACUCAGCUGGCUUUCAGCUCAGCUACAGCAAAGUACGCAGCUGGAUGCAGCCUAGAGCCUACAACAAGAAGAGCAUCAUGAAUAGUAUGGGCAGGUCACUAGCAAGAGGGGAAAGCGAGAUUGAACAAAUAUAUCGGAUCUUCUUCACGGACGGUAAGGUUCCUGAAGAUGAGUUUUCGAUGAUGGACUACAUCAAAGACAAGAUUUCGAAAGAUAUUGGAGUACCGUUUCAUAGAUCGGGCCGAAACAUGCGCAGCAAUGGAAAGAGAUGGGCUUUAGGCCUGUCGUUGCGAGUGAGUGGUGGCGUAAAGCUAACGAAGAAGAAAAGAAAAGGAUGA